AUGCCCUCCGCCUUGACCUUUGACCUCCACGCUAAAUGUUCAACGACGGGAGCUCGUGCCAGCACGCUGAAACUUCCCCAUGGCUCGGUCCCUCUUCCGAUCUUCAUGCCCGUCGCGACCCAGGCCUCCCUGAAGGGAUUGACAUAUGACCAACUCAAGGAGACCGGGUGCAUGCUGUGUCUGAACAAUACGUAUCAUUUGGGAUUGAAGCCCGGCCAGGAGGUGCUGGAUGCAGUGGGCGGGGCACAUAAGCUGCAGGGGUGGGAUCGGAAUAUUCUGACGGACAGCGGCGGCUUUCAGAUGGUUUCGCUACUUAAACUGGCCCAGGUGACGGAGGAGGGUGUUCGGUUUCUCAGCCCUCACGAUGGCUCCCCGAUGCUGCUGACCCCCGAACACUCCAUAUCACUCCAGAACUCGAUCGGCUCCGACAUCAUCAUGCAAUUGGACGAUGUGAUUGCGACUACGUCUCCGGACCAUGCCAGAAUCCAUGAGGCCAUGGAGAGAUCGGUCCGAUGGCUGGACCGAUGCAUUGAUGCCCACAAAUACCCCGAGAGGCAGAACUUGUUCUGCAUUAUUCAAGGAGGCCUGGAUCUAGAGUUGCGCCGGCAAUGCUGUGCCGAAAUGGUCGCCCGGGACACGCCCGGAAUCGCCAUUGGGGGUCUUUCGGGGGGAGAGGCAAAGGAGGAGUUCUGCAAGGUGGUCGGAACAUGUACGAAGUUGCUUCCCGAGCACAAACCGAGAUAUGUGAUGGGUGUGGGCUAUCCGGAAGAUCUCAUUGUGGGCGUUGCCCUCGGUGCAGACAUGUUUGAUUGCGUGUGGCCGACACGGACUGCCCCGACCCCCACCACGCCCGCCACCCCCGCCCAUGAAGAACACCAGUAUCUCAACCUCAUCCGAACGAUCCUCUCCGAGGGCGAGCAUCGACCGGAUCGGACCGGCACCGGAACCCGCUCGAUCUUCGGCCAGCAGCUGCGCUUCUCGCUCUCCAAGCCCGGCGCCACGCCCGGCAGUGACCCGGUCCCCAUCCUGCCCCUCCUCACCACCAAGCGCGUGUUCCUGCGCGGCGUGAUCGCCGAGCUGCUCUGGUUCAUCUCCGGCAGCACCUCGUCCGUGCCCCUCUCCGAGAACGGCAUCAAGAUCUGGGACGGCAACGGCAGCCGCGAGUUCCUCGACAAGGUCGGCCUCGGGCACCGCGAGGUCGGCGACCUCGGCCCCGUCUACGGCUUCCAGUGGCGGCACUUCGGCGCGCCCUACGUCGACGCCAACACCGACUACUCCGGCCAGGGCGUCGACCAGCUCGCGGACGUCGUGCACAAGCUCAAACACAACCCCUACGACCGCCGCAUCAUCAUGAGCGCCUGGAACCCCGCCGACCUCACGCUCAUGGCCCUGCCACCCUGCCACAUGUUCGCCCAGUUCUACGUCUCCUUCCCCGACGGCCCCGGCUCCAAGGGCCACCUCUCCUGCCUGAUGUACCAGCGCUCCGUCGACACCGCCCUCGGUCUGCCGUUCAACAUCGCCUCGUACGCCCUGUUGACGCAUAUGCUGGCCCACGCCGCCGAUCUGCACCCCGGCACUUUUACCCACUCCAUGGGCGACACCCACGUCUACCUGGAUCAUAUCGAGCCGCUGCAGGAGCAGCUGGCGCGGGAGCCCACGGACUUCCCGGAGCUGAAGAUCAAGCGUGAGGAUCGCGGCAGCGGCGUCGUGGACGGCUGGAAGGAGGAUGACUUUGAGGUGAUCGGUUAUAAGCCUCACAAGGCGAUCAAGAUGAAGAUGAGCGUUUAG